UCAUGCUCUGCCUUAUGCAUCUUAACGAUGGUGGCGUCGAGGAACCUGAUGGGAGAGAGUGGGAGAUUAUUGAGGGACGAAGAGAAUGCGGAGGAGGACUCGCCCUCGGCGAAGAAGCUUAAGCCAGAGAGAUUCCCGCUUAAUAGCUGGGAAUUCGCUGCUGCUGUUGGCGUUUUCUUCGUUUUCUCUACUGGCUUGUUCUGCAUUUACUUAACCAUGCCUGCAGCCGAAUACGGCAAGAUCAAGCUUCCACGCACCGUUUCGGAUCUACGCAUACUCAAAGAGAGUCUUUCAACUUAUGCAAGAAAUCAUCCUGCACGAUUCAUUCUUGGUUACUGCUCCACCUACAUCUUCAUGCAGACUUUUAUGAUUCCAGGAACAAUUUUCAUGUCUUUGUUAGCUGGAGCUCUUUUCGGAGUUGUUCGAGGAAUUCUAUUAGUUGUUUUCAAUGCUACCGCGGGAGCAUCUUCUUGCUUCUUUUUGUCUAAGUUGAUUGGACGGCCUUUAAUUUCUUGGUUGUGGCCUGAAAAGUUAAGGUUUUUCCAAGCAGAGAUUGCAAAGCGCAGGGAUAAGCUUCUGAAUUACAUGCUUUUUCUGAGGAUAACCCCAACAUUGCCUAAUCUUUUCAUCAAUUUGGCAUCCCCAAUUGUUGAUAUACCAUUUCAUAUCUUCUUUUUGGCAACAUUGGUUGGUCUUAUUCCAGCCUCUUAUAUUACUGUCAGAGCUGGCCUUGCUCUUGGGGAUCUAAAGUCAGUGAAGGAUCUAUAUGAUUUUAAGACAUUAUCAGUGCUGUUCCUAAUUGGUUUAGUUGCCAUAUUUCCAACACUAAUGAAGAAGAAGCGAAUCUAUGAAUGAAAAUUGAGCUGGCACAGUUUGCUAAAUCCUGUCCCAGAGGCAAGUCACAUGAAAAGGGUUGUAUAUUGGAAAGUGUGUCAUAUGCUCCGUUUUAUUUCCUUUUUAUGGAGCAUCUAAAAUUAUUCAUUCUUUAGCCUUGAUGGCAUCAGAAAAGAUGUGGUUGGUGAAUGUUUUGUGGGGCUGUAUGCACCCGUGCCUUAUACCAUAUAGGAACUAACU